UCCACGUGACCUCCUCCUUCCAUUCUCAUGGCUCGGAUUACCGACGGGCUCAGUGCAGAGACAGCAGUCGCGCGCGCUCCCGCCUCAGCGUCCGACUUUCACGCGCUCAGUCUGCGCUCCCCGCUCCGGCGCCGCUCCAUCAGUCCGGCUCGGUUGGAGAAGAUGACCGUGAAUCCUGCACCAUCUGCGAGCUUCACCUCCUCGCUCAGGGAAAAGAGGGAGUGAAUCUCUCUUUUCUCUUUCAACCGGGGAGGCAGUCGAGUCUCAGCACUCAUUCAAUCUUAUUCGAUCUGUCUUUUUUUGUUGUUCAAAUCCCUUCUGUCUCUUUGCGCAUUUUCCCAUCCUGUCCUUGGUUUGGUGGAAACUGCACCGUUAUCCCAAACGGAAGGGAAUAUACUGUACCCGGGGCAUCGUGUCCAUAUCAGGCUCUGUCUGUCUUUCUUUUCUUUUCUUUCCUCUGUAAUCAUGGAAAACAUCAAUGUGGAGACGGUAGAGAAGGAGUGCGGCGCGCUUGGUGGACUCUUCCAGGCGAUUGUCAAUGACAUGAAGUGUUCAUAUCCGGUCUGGGAAGACUUCAGUGCCAAGGCUACCAAGCUGCAUGCCCAGCUCCGAACCACCGUACUUGCAGCAGUGGCUUUUCUGGAUGCUUUUCAAAAGGUGGCAGACAUGGCAACCAACACACGAGGUGCCACCAGAGACAUCGGCUCAGCGCUGACCAGGAUGUGUAUGCGCCACCGCAGCAUCGAGGCCAAACUACGCCACUUCACCAAUGCUCUGAUGGAAAGCCUGAUCACGCCUCUACAGGAGCGGAUUGAGGACUGGAAGAAAACAGCCAAUCAGCUGGAUAAAGACCAUGCCAAAGAGUAUAAACGAUCUCGUCAUGAAAUAAAGAAGAAAUCUUCAGACACUAUGAAACUACAGAAGAAAGCAAGAAAAGGCCGUGGAGACCUGCAGCCUCAGCUGGACAGCGCCAUGCAGGAUGUCAAUGAUAUGUACUUGCUGAUGGAGGAGACAGAGAAGCAGGCAGUACGGCGCGCCCUGGUGGAAGAAAGAGGACGCUUCUGUACUUUCAUCAACUUCUUGCAGCCUGUUGUGAAUGGAGAAAUUGCCAUGCUGGGAGAGAUCACACAUCUCCAGGCAAUUAUUGAUGACCUCACUGUGCUAACGACUGAUCCCCACAAACUGCCUCCCGCCAGUGAGCAGGUGAUAAAGGAUCUGAAAGGUUCAGACUACAGCUGGUCCUACCAGACACCUCCAUCCUCCCCUAGUAGCUCCGGCUCUCGAAAAAGCAGCAUGUGCAGCAGUGUGAACAGCGCCCACAGUAGUGCCUCUCGCUCAUCGGGAGGCUCGCAAACUCACUCACCCAGUUCGUCCUGUCGCUACCGCAGCCUGGCACACCUGCCUCCAGGAGGUGCCCACCGCCUCAGCAGUGUCUCCUCCCACGACUCGGGCUUCAUCUCUCAGGAUGCCAACAUCUACUCCAAACCUCCCUCACCCAUGCCCUCGGACAUCACCAGCCAGAAGUCUUCAAGUUCAGCAUCUUCAGAGGCAUCAGAAACGUGUCAGUCAGUGAGUGAAUGCAGCUCUCCUACAACAGAUUGGUCCAAGGCAGGCUUGCAUGAGCAGCCAGCAGCUAACACGCUCCAGAGGAGGAAGGAGACGAGAGAAUCGGAAUCAUCGCCCCAAUCUCAAAGCUAUGCUGGAGUGCAUCCUGAUGAUCCUCAGAGGCCCAGGAUGACCCCUGCCACCAUUGCAGCUAAGCAUGGUGAGGAGGUGUCCCCAGCAGCCAGUGAUCUGGCCAUGGUGCUCACUCGUGGCCUCAGUAUGGAGCAGCAGAAGAGCAGCAGAGACUCACUUCAAUAUUCUAGUGGAUAUAGCACUCAGACGACCACUCCGUCAUGCUCUGAGGACACUAUUCCCUCCCAAGGCUCUGAUUAUGAUUGCUACUCUGUAAAUGGUGACGCUGAAGCUGAUGGCCAGUCUGAAUUUGAUAAAUCAUCCACAAUCCCACGCCACAGCAAUAUUGCUCAGAACUACCGCCGUAUGAUCCAGACCAAACGACCAGCCAGCACAGCUGGCUUGCCCAGCGCCAUGGGUGCCCAAGGAGGCUCUGGUGGUGGGGGUGGAGGAACGGGCACUCCCGGCACCGCCACCAUCCGCCGAACACCCUCCACAAAGCCUGGGGUGAGGCGCACUCUCUCCAAUGCAGGCCCCAUUCCUAUCCGGCCGCCCAUUGUGCCAGUUAAGACGCCCACCGUGCCUGACUCCCCUGGUGGCUACCCAGGGCCUCCAGCACGUGUGGGCAGUGAGGAGUGUGUGUUCUACGCAGCAGAUGAUUCUUCUCCUGCUGCUCUGGAGUAUGUGAAGGCUUCACCGAAGCGCCUGAGCUUGCCCAAUGCAGCUUGGGGCACAGCAGGUGCCGAGAUGAGUGUGUACGGGCAGCCGGGAGAAGAAGACCAACUGCUUGCCGCUAACCGUCACAGCCUGGUUGAAAAAAUUGGUGAGCUGGUGGCCAGUGCCCAAGCCCUGGGAGAUGGCCAGUACCCUUUUCCCUCAUUGGCACCAGAGGGCCAGACCGAUCCACAGAGUAAAUGUCCCCCGCAGGAAGGAGAGGACAUGUUGGUAUCUAUCCGUCGAGGCGUCCGGCUGCGCAAGACCGUCUCCAAUGACCGUUCAGCACCACGCAUAUUGUGACAGCUAUCAGAGAGAUAAAUGAAAGUGCGGUUUAAAAAAAGCACUCUGCGCGGACUCUGUAGAGAACCACCUACGAAAAGAAGAGGAUGAAAAAAAAAUUCAAUUCAAUGUUUAAAAGAAGUCGUUAUAGUAAGUAACGAUCAUCAGAAAAAAAUAGAAGUAAAAUUCUAAAUAACAACAGGCUCAGGCCACUGUAACUUGUAGCGUGUCUGGACGCAUGUUUGUCUUAUUAACACUACCCAUCAUGGCAGGAUAGUCAGGCUCUAGCAACACACUGGGCAGAUGCAAGAACAAGGAAUCGGGACAUUAGGAGACGAGGCUUUUUGAAAACACAAAACAUCCCCUAAAUCUGGACUUCAGGAAUUAGUGCUGGAAAAGCUCAUCGAAUGAACAGAGGAUAAUUGGGGUGCACAGUCUCAUCAAGAGACUUUCCCUGUAUUUCACCCCACUGCCACCUCCAGCUCUGUAACAUCACACGGCCAGCUGAAACAACGGCGACAGAGCUGUCUGUGAUUGGUCAGUGUGACUGUCGAUCAGGCUGAAGAUGAGCGGGGCUCUGCUGCAGGUCAGCUUGUGGUUCUGGAAAUGAUCUUCUUUUAGCAAACCUCUGUUAGCUUGUUUGUUUGUUUGUUUGUUUGUUUGUUUGUUUGUUUGUUUGUUUGUUUUUAUUCUAAGCAAAUAAUCUUGGUUGCAGAUCCUGAAGUUGAAGGUUGUGUAUAUCAGGUGUAUGUAUUUUUUAGAAUUGACCUAAAAAAAAAUGCCAAUAUAAUGUGGAGCAAUAAUUUUUCUGUUCAACAGUUGAAGAAAAACAGAAUUACAAGAAUAGUUUUUAAUGCAUAUACGUGCAGGGGAUGUACACAGGGCAAAGCCUUGGGUAAUUCGGUUCUGGUUGUGAUAUUCGGGAAAGGAAGUGGAGGAGUCCAAGAAAAGCAAAGAGGAAGUCAAGCACUUUGAGGACACAGUAUUGGCCAUGAGGGGUCAGUGUAGCUGCACUGUGUACAGUAAAUGUGGAGAGGAGAAGAGCUUUUCACCCUAAAGCAGGGGGCCAAACUGAGGGCAUGUCGGGCUAAAGUCCAGCACAGUUUGGUGAUCUGUCCAUGCUGUUAAAGAAAAUUACAUAUUUAAAUAAUAUUGGCUUUCUUUCAUGGGAUAUCAGAUAUAUUCCAUUCAGCUAGCGUGAUAUUGAA